CCUUCACCCACCCUCCUCCUCAAACACAUUGUUCUGCGGCUGCCGGCGAGAAACCGGUUCCCUCCCGCUGCUGCUGGUCAACCAGCGGAGCCGCUGACAGACAGACAGAUACACCGUUUGACGGACUGGUUGGCAGGUGAAGCGACGGGCUAACAGAAACGCGCCCACCCGCCGUGUCUCACCGGCGGCGCAUCUCUUUGUGCGGGUCCAACAGUUCACGGAGGUGGAGACAAAGACAGAGGGCAGGCUGGCGAACCGACACGCGGACACGGAGACGCUAUGAGCGAAGGCACGCGCCAUGGGAGCGGAGGACGCGCGCUCAGGUAGCCCAGUGCUGAGGUGUGGCAGCUGGUGAUUGGUGGUUACCAUGGUGCCCAGGCCAUCGUCCGGGGAGCUAUGGGGGCUCCAUCUGAUGCCCCCGCGGAUUCUGGUGGACUGCUGCCUCCCCAAUGGGAUGAUGGUGAGCCUGGAGUGUCUCAGAGAAACUCCUCUCAUCAGCAUAAAGCAGCAGCUCUUCAUCGAGGCCAGGAAGUAUCCUCUCUACCACCUGCUGCAGGAGGAGUCGUGCUACAUCUUUGUGGGCGUGACCCAGGAGGCUGAGCGGGAGGAGUUUUACGACGAGACGCGGAGGUUGUGUGACCUGCGACUGUUUCACCCCAUCCUGAAGGUCAUCGAGCCACUGGGGAACCGAGAGGAGAAGAUCCUAAACCGAGAGAUCGGCUUCGCCAUUGGGAUGCCGGUGUGUGAAUUUGAGAUGAUGAAAGACCCAGAGGUUCAGGACUUCCGCCGCUCCAUACUGAGCGUGUGCAGAGAGGCCAUGGAGGAGAGAGAGGGGGGCGGGGCACACACCCAGGCGCUCUAUGUUUACCCCCCCAACGUGGAGUCCAGUCCUCAUCUGCCGCAACACAUCUAUAGCAAGCUGGACAAAGGGCGGCUCAUUGUGACCAUCUGGGUGAUUAUGUCUCCAUCAAACUCCAAGCAGAAAUACACUUUAAAGGUUAGCCACGACAGUUUACCCGAGCAGCUAAUCGCCGAGUCCAUCAGGAAGAAGAGCCGAUCGAUGCACCUGUCCCCUCAGCAGCUCCGCCUCUGCGUGCAGGAGUACCAGGGCCAGUACAUCCUUAAGGUGUGCGGCUGUGACGAGUACCUGUUGGAAAAUUUCCCCCUCAGUCAGUAUAAGUACAUCCGUUCUUGCAUCAUCGUUGGACGUCUUCCUCACCUAAUGCUCGUGUCCAAAGACAGCCUCUACUCUCAGCUUCCAGCCUCGGGUUUCGUCACUCCUUCCUACAGUCGGAGGACGCCCCAGCCGUCUCCCUGUCCAGGAGGAGGUGACGGAUCUCCUCCUCGCUCCCUCUGGGCCUUUAACACUCUGCUCAGGGUGCGACUGCUCUGCGCCACUUACGUCAACGUCAACAUCCGGGAUAUUGACAAGAUCUAUGUGAGGACGGGUAUCUAUCACGGAGGAGAGCCGCUGUGUGAAAACGUAAACACCCAGAGGGUUCCCUGUUCCAACCCCAGGUGGAACGAGUGGCUGACCUACGACAUUUACUUGGCGGAUCUUCCUCGCUCGGCAAGACUUUGCCUGUCCAUCUGCUCUGUGAAGGGAAGGAAAGGAGCCAAGGAGGAGCAUUGCCCUCUGGCCUGGGGGAACGUCAGCCUGUUUGACUACAUGGACAUCCUGGUCUCUGGAAAGGUGGCUCUGAGUCUCUGGCCCGUCCCUCACGGCCUUGAGGACCUGCUGAACCCCAUCGGAGUGGCCGGCUCAAACCCCAACAAGGAGACGCCCUGUGUGGAGCUGGAGUUCUCACGAUUCAACCAGACAGUCGUGUUUCCUGAUGAGCAGCAGAUUGAAGAACAUGCUAACUGGACCAUCAGCAGAGAGCUGGGCUACAACUACUGCCAUGGACUGAGUAGCCGCCUGGCCUGCGACAGCAGCGUUUCAGCCACUGAUGCAGAGCAGCUUCGCUCUCUUUGCUCCAGAGAUCCUCUAUAUGAGCUUUCAGAGCAGGAGAAAGACUUCCUCUGGAGACACAGACAUUAUUGUUUAAACAUCCCAGAGUCUCUGCCUAAGCUGCUUCUGUCAGUCAAAUGGAACUCCAGAGACGAAGUGUCGCAGAUGUACUGUUUACUGAAGGAAUGGCCACUGAUGGAGCCAGAGUCCGCUCUGGAGCUGCUGGACUGUAACUUUCCCGAUCCGAUAGUCAGAGAGUUUGCGCUGCGCUGUCUGGUGCAGGGCCUGACGGAUGACAAGUUGUCACAGUAUCUGCUGCAGCUUGUACAGGUGUUAAAAUAUGAGAUGUACUUGGACAAUCCUCUGGCCCGAUUCCUCAUCAAGAAAGCUCUGACCAAUCAGAGGAUAGGACACUUCUUCUUCUGGCAUCUGAAGUCAGAAAUGCACAAUAAGACCAUUUCCAGAAGGUUUGGCCUUUUGCUAGAGGCUUUCUGCAGAGCCUGCGGCAUGUACCUGAAACACUUGAACAGACAGGUGGAGGCCAUGGAUAAACUGGUGAAUCUGACCGACACCCUGAAGCAGGAGAAGAAGGACGAGACUCAGAAGACUCAGAUGAAGUUCUUGGUUGAACACAUGUCACGUCCAGACUACAUGGAGUCUCUGCAAGGAUUUGUCUCUCCACUAAACCCAGUUCACCAGCUGGGAAACCUCAGGCUGGAGGAGUGCAGGAUCAUGUCCUCGGCGAAGCGCCCCCUGUGGCUAAACUGGGAGAAUCCCGACAUAAUGUCCGAGCUACUUUUCACCAACAAUGAAAUCAUCUUCAAGAACGGAGACGAUCUGCGUCAAGACAUGCUGACGCUGCAGAUCAUUAAGAUCAUGGAGAACAUCUGGCAGAACCAAGGCCUGGACCUGCGAAUGCUGCCGUAUGGCUGCCUGUCCAUCGGUGACCGUGUGGGUCUCAUUGAGGUGGUGAAGAACAGCUAUACUAUCAUGCAGAUUCAGUGCAAAGGAGGCCUGAAGGGGGCGCUGCAGUUCAACUCCAACACUCUUCACCACUGGAUCAAAGACAAGAACCACGGAGAGGCGUAUGAUCGGGCCAUCGACUUGUUCACCAGAUCCUGUGCAGGUUAUUGCGUUGCCACAUUCAUCCUGGGAAUUGGAGACCGACACAACUCCAACAUCAUGGUGAAGGAGAACGGACAGCUGUUCCACAUCGACUUCGGCCACUUCCUAGAUCACAAGAAGAAGAAAUUUGGCUACAAAAGGGAGCGUGUGCCUUUCGUCUUGACUCAGGACUUUCUCAUCGUCAUCAGUAAAGGCAUUCAGGAGUCGACAAAGACAAAGGAGUUUGAGAGGUUCCAGGAGAUGUGCUACAAAGCUUACCUGGCCAUCCGGCAGCACGCCAGCCUCUUCAUCAACCUCUUCUCCCUCAUGCUGGGCUGCGGCAUGCCUGAACUGCAGAGCUUUGAUGACAUCGCCUAUCUUAGGAAGACCCUUGCAUUAGAAAAGAGCCAGCAGGAGGCGCUGGAGUACUUCACAAAACAGAUGAACGACGCUCAUCACGGAGGAUGGAGCACCAAGAUGGACUGGAUCUUCCACACCAUCAGACACAUGCCCAACGAACACUGACACACAGAAAACACUGCACACACUGGCACAACACAACGCCAGACACACACCAUAACACACCAGCACAUAGCAUAGAGUUCUUCAGACACAUACACAUCAAACAGUGAUAUAAAACAUAUGAAUCCAAAUAUGCAACCCAUCAGACACUGGUAGCAAGCACACCCACACACCCCCCCACACACACACACAGAUUUAUACAAACGCAAACAUCUAAAGCACACGUGUGCUUGUUUUCUGCACUAAUCUGGUGAUGAUGAUGAUGAUGAUGGAUUUACUGAAUGCAAGGUGUUUGCAUCACCUCAUAAUGUUGUUGGGAGAGUUGCCAUAGAAACGCUAAUCUCUCAGGUGCAGAGGUCAGAGAGGGUUGUGAAGGUGCCAAAGGCAUGCGGAGGUAGAGGAAGUAACGGUGAUGAUGUCAGCCAGUCUUCAACGUGAUGCAACAGCCGGCUCUACUACUGUAGCUGCAAACUGAGUGAGACUCUUUUAGCGUAGCAAACAUUUAAACUGAAUUUUAUGAACCAACUGCAGCUUUAUUGAUACGUGGGAGGCAAACACUGUGGUCACUGUGAAAGCAAUAAAAAAAAAAAAAAAACCCUCUGAUAACAAAUCAGUACUUUGAUGAUGACAAUCAAGGAGUUCUGACAGAGAAGAAGGCGGAGCUGAGUCCUGUGCCGUGAAGAAGCUUCCAUAAAGAAACUUUAACACGUCUGGCUGAACCAAAUGCAAACAUCAUAAUGUCCGACAGAUUACAGGCCAUUAGGAAGCCGGCUUUUAUUUUGUCCAGGCUUUCUGGUUG